AAGACGCCCUGCUCUGCUGAGCCGGGAGCGGGGCCCGGGUCGGGGGCAGGGGGCCGCGGCCCUCGCUCCACCUUCUCCCACCAUGAGCCAGGAAACUCCCGGGGGCUGGGCCCCCCUCGAUCCCACCCCCGGGCCCUCAGCGCCCCCAAACCCCUUCGUGCAUGAGUUACACCUCUCCCGCCUCCAGAGGGUUAAGUUCUGCCUCCUGGGGGCACUGCUAGCCCCAAUCCGAGUGCUUCUAGCCUUUAUCGUCCUCUUUCUCCUCUGGCCCUUCGCCUGGCUCCAAGUAGCAGGUCUCACUGAGGAACAGCUUCAGGAGCCAAUUACAGGAUGGAGGAAGACUAUAUGCCACAACGGGGUUCUAGGCCUGAGCCGCCUACUCUUUUUCCUGCUUGGCUUCCUCCGGAUUCGUGUUCGAGGCCAGCGGGCCUCUUGCCUUGAAGCCCCUGUCUUGGUUGCUGCCCCCCACUCCACUUUCUUUGAUCCAAUUGUUCUGCUACCCUGUGACCUGCCCAAGGUUGUGUCCCGAGCUGAGAACCUUUCGGUGCCUGUCAUUGGAGCCCUUCUUAGAUUCAAUCAAGCCAUCCUGGUGUCCCGGCAUGACCCAGCUUCUCGUCGCCGAGUAGUGGAGGAGGUCCGAAGGCGAGCUACCUCGGGAGGCAAGUGGCCUCAGGUACUAUUUUUUCCUGAAGGCACCUGUUCCAACAAGAAGGCUUUACUUAAGUUCAAACCAGGAGCCUUCAUCUCUGGGGUACCUGUACAGCCUGUCCUCAUCCGCUACCCCAACAGUCUGGAUACCACCAGCUGGGCAUGGAGGGGCCCUGGCGUACUCAAAGUUCUCUGGCUCACAGCCUCCCAGCCCUGCAGCAUCGUGGAAGUAGAGUUCCUCCCUGUGUAUCAGCCCAGCCCGGAGGAGAGCAAGGACCCCACCCUCUAUGCCAAUAGUGUCCAGAGAGUAAUGGCUCAGGCCCUGGGCAUUCCAGCCACUGAAUGUGAGUUUGUAGGGAGCUUGCCUGUGAUUGUGGUGGGCCAGCUGAAGGUAGCAUUGGAGCCACAACUCUGGGAACUGGGCAAGGUGCUUCGGAAGGCAGGGCUGUCCCCUGGCUGCGUGGACACUGGGGCAGAGCCAGGUCGGAGUCGAAUGAUCAGCCAGGAAGAGUUUGCCAGGCAGCUACAACUCUCAGAUCCUCAGACAGUGGCUGGGGCCUUCAGCUACUUCCAGCAGGAUGGUAAGGGUUUGGUGGACUUCCGAAAUGUGGCUCUUGCAUUAGCAGCUCUGGAUGGGGGCAGGAGCCUGGAGGAGUUGAUUCGCCUGGCAUUUGAGCUCUUUGCUGAAGAGCAGGCAGAAGGACCUGGCCGCCUGUUAUACAAAGAUGGCUUCAGCACCAUCCUGCACCUGUUGCUGGGUUCACCCUGCCCUGCUGCCAUGACUUUACAUGCCGAGCUGUGCCAGCCUGGAUGCAGCCAAGGCCUCUCCCUCAGUCAAUUCCAGAACUUUUCCCUCCACGACCCACUCUAUGGAAAGCUCUUCAGCACCUACCUGCGUCCCCCACUCAAGCCUCGAAGCACCUCUCAGAUACCAAAUGCCUCAUCCCCAGGCAGCCCCACCGCCCUGGCCAAUGGGACUGUGCAAGCUCCCAAGCAGAAGGGUGACUGAGCACCUCAGCUUCCCAUCCUUACUCAGCUCAAACCCAGCCCUGCUCUCAGGACAGCAUCAGAGACUACCCUAUGCCUCAACCGAUCUGCACCUGUUUGAUUUUUUUUUUGUUAUCAUUGUUUUUUAAGUUUAAUUUUUUGUUAGGUGGGGUUUUUUUGUAAAAGACUAUUUUAUAUAUAAAUAUAAAUAUAUAUCUAUUUAAAAAAAUGAAGCUCAGUCCUGUGGAUGGUAUCAUUAGUUGGGAAGGAAAAAAGAUGGUUGCCAGAUGCCCAUUGGAACUGCCAGAAAACUACAAAGGUCUGUCAUCUUGGCCGGAACUGAAUUCUCUUGCUCCCCAAAAUGGACAGGGAAUCUUUCCUAUGUGGAAAUUAUACAAAGAUUUAACAUGUUCUCUUGCUACCUCCGAAAUAUGCACAUCUUAAUAGACUUGCUUGUAAACCUCUUUUCGGCUCAUUCCCUCUUGUAUUGUCCUCA